AUGGGAAGUGGAGAUGAGCGUCGUUGCAAAAUAAUAAAAUAUUCACCUGAAGUCGGUCAUUCUGACGUUGAAUUAAUAAGACGCGCUUUAAUAAAAGCAAUCGAAACUGACUUGGCUUUAAAAGCAAUUUUUAAAAGUAAAAUUCCUGUUGUACAAAAACACAACAAAAUUAUUAAUGAAAUGUGCCACGUGGAAACGGACGAAGAGGUGGAACACGAUAGUGUCUUAAAUAUAGUUUUAAUAAACAUGGCAUCUAUCGAUGGUACACCCGAAAAAUUAGUUAUGAAUACCAGAGCAGAGCAGCAGGCAACUGAUGAAAAUAAUGAACAACCCUCCAGUUCGAAUGCACAGCAGAAAUCAUCCAUGGAUCCAUCAACUUUGAAAGAUUGCAGACAACAUCUGUAUUACUUAACUUAUUAUUAUUAUUAUGUCAAAUAUUAUUUGUAUCAUUUUAAGGUAACUGAUGAAAAUAAUGGACAAGCCUCAAGUUCCAGUGCAGAGCAGAAACCUAUUGUAAAACAUCCAUUAACUACAAAAGAUUAUUGUAGGAAACAUGUUGGGUAUCCUGCAAAACUACCAGUUUUAACGCCUGCUCUGCAAAAAAUAAAAAAUGAAGACCAAGUUUAUCAGAAUCAAUUACUUUUUAUUAAUUUCUGGUCAACCCAUUUGGAGACGAAGAAUAAUUUCGAUAUUCUAAAGACUCAAAUCGCUACUUCUAUUCGCAAUAGGCGAUAUCAAAAGAAGCAAGCCUUAAUGAAAUCUGCUGUACCCUCCAAAAAACAUCCUUUAGUAAUUUGCAGUACUACACAUACACCUGGUUCAAGUGAAGUAUCGAAACAAUCUGAAGGAUUAAAUUCCAAAAAAGAUGUAGUGGAAGCUGAGGCAGCUUUGAAGAAAUGCUCCUCAUCAGAUGAAUCAUUACAUGUAAAACAAUUACUUCGAGAAACUUAUUCUGUUCGACGUCUUUGGAUAGAAAAACACUGCAAAAAUAAGUGUCUUAUUUGA